AUGAGUAAAUUCACAGAAAUUAAACCUUGCGAAGAAUCAAAAUUUAAAAGAGAGUCUACGAUUAUUUUGAAUGUUGGAGGUAUAAAGUUUGAAACGUAUACUUCAACCUUAACUGCAUUUCCAGAUACUUUUCUCGGAAGGAUGUUUCUAGAUCGAAAUAAGACACUACUUCACCCUCGGAAUGACAAUGAAUAUUUUUUUGAUCGGAAUGGUUAUGCCUUUCGAUACAUUUUAGAAUUCUAUCGAACUGGAAAACUGCUGUUAACCGAGAAAUAUUUUGACAAACUCUCAUUUGUAACUCGAGAAGAAAUUGAGGAGGAAAUCGAUUAUUUCCAAAUCCCAACCCUUGAUGAAACUACUUUUAUAUCUAAAUCUAUGAUACAUAUUGAUAAAAUUGUUGGUGAAAGGGUGAAUGAAUUCGUGAAAACUUUUGAGGAGGUUAUUUACGAAAUGGUUAAAAAUUAUCGUACUUGUUUUAAGAUAAAUUUUUAUAAUUCUUUAAAACAUCCCACAAAAUGGCUUGAAAAUCACGCCGAAAAACGAGAUUUCGUUAAUUCAGGUUAUGAUAUCAUGAAGAAUUUCAAUAAUGAAAUCUACAAUUAUUUUAAAGAAAAAUUUGUUAAUUUUUCAUGGGAGAUUAAGGAAUUUACUGAAUAUUUGAUAGUUGAAAUUAAAGUAGAUUACAAUUAUCCAAAUAAGAAUAUUAUCAAACAUACGUGUCUUGCGGAAUGA